AUGAAUACUAAGUGCUGCACACUGCUGGCGUCACGUGCUGCUGCACGUGACGUCACAGCUGCAGCACGUGACGCCACAACUGCUGCACGUGACGCCACAGCUGCUGCACGUGACGCCACAACUGCUGCACGUGACGCCACAGCUGCUGCACGUGACGCCACAGCUGCUGCACGUGACGCCACAGCUGCAGCACGUGACGCCACAACUGCUGCACGUGACGCCACAGCUGCUGCACGUGACGCCACAACUGCUGCACGUGACGCCACAGCUGCUGCACGUGACGCCACAGCUGCUGCACGUGACGCCACAACUGCUGCACGUGACGCCACAGCUGCUGCACGGGACGCCACAACUGCAGCACGUGACGCCACAACUGCUGCACGUGACGCCACAACUGCUGCACGUGACGCCACAGCUGCUGCACGUGACGCCACAGCUGCUGCACGUAACGACACAGCUGCUGCACGUGACGCCACAACUGCUGCACGUGACGCCACAACUGCUGCACGUGACGCCACAACUGCUGCACGUGACGCCACAACUGCUGCACGUGACGCCACAGCUGCUGCACGUGACGCCACAGCUGCUGCACGUGACGACACAGCUGCUGCACGUGACGCCACAGCUGCUGCACGUGACGCCACAGCUGCUGCACGUGACGCCACAGCUGCUGCACGUAACGCCACAGCUGCUGCACGUAACGACACAGCUGCUGCACGUACAACGCAGCACAGGGUUACCGUGACACAGCGAUCUCUCUCUUGGAGAGGACACAGCAAUACUUGGACACAGCUAUACUUGGACACAGCUAUACUUGGACACAGGAAUACUUGGACACAGCAAUACAUGGACACAGCAAUACAUGGACACAGCAAUACAUGGACACAGCUAUACAUGGACACAGCAAUACAUGGACACAGCAAUACAUGGACACAGCUAUACUUGGACACAGGAAUACUUGGACACAGCAAUACAUGGACACAGCUAUACAUGGACACAGCUAUACAUGGACACAGCAAUACAUGGACACAGCAAUACAUGGCCACAGCUAUACAUGGCCACAGUUCACUAGGCUACAGCAACACCGCAUUAAUGUUCAUUACUCAAUGA